AUGGCGGGAGAAGCUACUGCUACGCCCUUGCACGCGCCAGAUCGUCCGCGACCCGCACCCCACACCCCGCCCGUCGCCCGUACUCCACCCGCACCCCGCACCCCGCCCGUCGCCCGUACGCCAUCCACACCACGCACGACGUCCGUGCCCCCGUCCGCGAGACCCGUCCGCACCCCGUACCUGCACCCAAACCGCCGUUCUGCCCCAGAUCCCGCCCCCCCCCACCGACAACUGCCGCCCCACCCCCAUCUCCGGCUCCGUUUCCAGCGGGAAGGGGAGGAGGUGUGGCCCGAAGGGGACGGCUGGGGGAGGGGGAGUGGCGGGGUUGGCGGCUCAUGGGGUGUGGGUGGUGAGAGUUCAUAUGCAGCAUCAGCCGCCUCCUCCUCUCAUCCCCUGCCCCAUUCCUCCCGUAUUGCCCGUACUUCCCCGUGCUUGCCCCGUGCCCGUGCCCGUGCUGUCUGCCCCGAGUUCCCCGUGCUUGCCCCAUGCCCAUGCCCGUGCUGUCCGCUCGUGUUCCACGUGCCCGUGCUGUCCGUACCCGGUUGUGCCCCACCCGUUUCACCCAUGCUGUCCGUACCCGGUUGUGCCCCACCCGUUUCACCCGUGCGUCCCGUGCUUCCCGUGCUGCCCCCGUGCUCCUGUGCUGCCCCCGUGCUCCCGUGCUGCCCCCCGUGUUCCCGUGCUGCUCCCGUGCUGUCCCCGUGUUCCCGUGCUGUCCCCGUGUUCCCGUGCUGUCCCCGUGUUCCCGUGCUGUCCCCAUGUUCCCGUGCUGCUCCCGUGCUGUCCCCGUGUUCCCGUGCUGUCCCCGUGUUCCCGUGCUGCCCCCGUGUUCCCAUGCUGCCCCCGUGCUGCCCCGUUCUGCCUCCCGUGUCCUGCCCCGCUCUGCCCGUGUUGCCCCGUUCUGCCCGUGUUGCCCCGUUCAGCCCGUGUCCUGCCCCGUUCAGCCCGUGUCCUGCCCCGUUCAGCCCGUGUCCUGCCCCGCUCUGCCCGUGUUGCCCCGUUCAGCCCGUGUCCUGCCCCGUUCUGCCCGUGCUGCCCCGUUCUGCUCGUUUGUGCCCUACCCGUGCUGUCCGUACCCGUUCGUGCCCCACCCGUGCUGUCAGUUCUCGCUCGUGCCCCACCCGGUCUGUGCUGCCCGGUCUCGUGCUGCCCAUCACCCCCGUACGGCCCGUCCCGUACAGCACCUAG